CAUCAAGGCAGUUGGUGACUGGACUAUGCAACUGCUGCUAGCUGCUCCUGAAGCUCGAAACGAGGGAAAGGCUUCAUUUGAAGUGCUGAUUGACGGUCCGUAUGGUAAUUUAUCUAUUGAUAUCGAGGACAUGGUAACGUAUUCUCAUUUUGUACUUUUCGCGGAAGAUAUGGGUGUGACGUCGAUGCGGUCUAUCGUGAAUUGGCUGUACAGUCAGUGUUAUUCACAGAAACCGCGAAGUUUACAUCGGCUACGCUUUAUUUGGUCCGUGAGUGACAGUGAAAUACUUCGAGCAGCAUUAAUGAGGGUGGACAUUGGUCGAAUGACUCGAGAUCCUUAUUUACCGGAUGUGUUACUCUGCCCCACGACUCUAAAUACUUCGGAUGAGACGUUCUUCACGGAGAUUUACCUGACGCGGGGUCUCGCUGGAGCACAAAUUCCACCGGAUCCACGGCUUAGAAAGUGUCUUUGGUUUAAUCGUAGACCUGACACUGGGCGAAUACUUCGAGAAAUGGGGCAACAAGCAACCAAACUUGGCAAGUCACGUAUAGCUGUGCUGGUGAGUGGCACAGAGUCAAUGGCAAAGGAGGUCAUUGAGAAGAGUAUAAGGCUGUCACGGGACAUGAAUCUAUGUUUUGAUGUGCAUAGCGACCAGCUCACAUUUUGACCAUAACGCGACAGGCUAUGAGUCGGACGGCUGGUAAGUCGAAUAUAUUCGAAGUAGUUUUAUUAAUCUAUACAAUACAUUUGCGCUAGUCAAAGCUGGAGGAGUUAUCUAAC